UCUUUUGGAAAGGGAAGCCCAAUUAUUUUAUGAGUUUCAAGGGAGGGGAGCGUCGCCUGUGUGCGGUGUUGUCGUCCGGUUGGGUGCGAAUCGUGAGCUGCAUCUCUUGCUCUCAUCGGAGCUUUCUCUGUGUCUUAUAGGAGGCAACUUAUUUGCUCUGGAAUUGACGGAGGCCAAAUUUUUUCGCUUUCUCAAGAUUGUGGGUGUUGGAUACAAAGCCAGAGCUGAAGCUGCAGGACGUCUAUUGUAUCUCAAAUUGGAGGUGCAGGGUACCUUAUUUUCUUUUUCACGUCAUUCCUCUAUCCUCCUUUCUUUUUAUCGAAAACCCUAGACUAAGGGUGCUAGGGCAUGGGCGUGAGAGAGAGAGAGAGCUGUGCGACGGAAAGUACCAAAUGCGAGCGAGAUCGGUGGUGAGUGACUGAGAGGACGAGUUUGGGAGGUAGAGAGUGAACGCAGGGGCGGGAGAAUGAGAUACAUGAAAUUUGAACCGAGCGUUGCCGUAAAGGGGAAAUCGAAAAAGACGUUGCAGCAACCAUGAAGCUUAAAGAGAUGGAAGGAGGUAACCGGAAAAAUCAGAAGUCGAAGAAGAAGAAACAAAACUUACAACGGCAUAAGAGAGGCCCUCGUUUGCCAUCUUCUUUGCAAAAGCAGAUUGACCAUUUGAACCCAACAACAACUCCCUUAGACAGGGCCAGUUCUGAUGCUGACAACGAUCUUUACGAAUAUGAGGAAGAGAGGGCCGAGGAAGAGUCUAGGAAAAAUAAGCGUUACGACCUUGUUUCCGUUAAUGACGACCUUUCUGAAGAAAUUGAGGAUGAGAAUGUGCAAUCAGAUGAUGAAAGUGGGGACAAUGAUUACAUUGGGACAAAGAGGGAUGAAAAUGUUCAAAGUGAUGAUUGUGGAGAAGAAGAUGAUGGGAGGCAUGCAAGGAUGAUACAAGCAAUUACUGGUAUGCCUAGUGAGGCUUUUGAAGAGGAUAGGAAGAAAAAGAAGACGAUGAAUGACUUUGUUAUCCCAAAGCUAUAUCCAGGAUUUGAAUAUAAUCCUAGUCGUGAUGUUGGGGAAGGUAAUGCACGCAUCAGCAUAGAAGACCUACUGAAUCCUCUUAGUGAAAAGGCUACUUAUGGAAAACUUCGGAAGAGACAACUUCAAAUUAUGAAGCACGGUAGAAUUGUUCAUGCGCCACUUUCAAAAGCAGUUCAAGCACAGGUAGAGAGGACAGUAGCCUAUGAAAUAUCAAAGAAAGAUGUCAGCAAGUGGCAGCAUAUUAUUCAGAGAAAUAGAGAGACUCCAACUGUUUUCUUUGAUGAAGAUGUGAAUCUAGGAUUUUCAACUGUAGGAGCAAUAGCUUCUGAAUUUGAACCCAGAACUGAAUUUGAGAAGAAAAUAGUUGCACUAGUUUAUGACAAUGAAGUAACGGAUGCCCAUAAAAAUGAUGGUUCUAAGCUUCUUGAAAUGAACAAGGUGUCUAUUGACGAUGAGAAGGAUAGGCAAAAUCGAAUUGCUAAAAUGCGGAGUCUUCUUUUUCGUCAUGAAAUGAAGGCAAAGCAUAUUAAAAAGAUCAAGUCCAGAACAUUUCAUCGUUUGCUGAAGAAAGAUAGGUUAAAAGUAGAAGCUGCUCAGAUACAAAUGGACCCCCAAGCGACUAAAGAACAUGCCAUGAAACGAGAGCGUGAAAGGGCCGAGGAACGCAUGACUCUAAAACACAAAAACCAGAAUCGAUGGGCUAAGCGUAUUAUACAACGUGGCUUAAAUAGCCAAGAUGAAGGAACACGUGUGGCUAUAGCUAAACAACAUCAAAGACAUGCUGAAUUGACUAGAAAAAUGCACUCUAUGAAGGAUAGCAGCAGUGAAGAUACGAGUGACGAGGAUGAAGAUGAAAACUCUGCCGGUUCUGAUCAGGAGAGGGCUUACAAGCUUUUAGGAAAAGCUAGAGAUAAAACCAUGAAAGUGUUGGAGGAAGAGGAUGAAGUUCCUAAAUCAGGAUUGCUUUCUUUGCCUUUUAUGAGGCGUGGAUUGGAGAAAAGAAGAGAGGGAGUUGUUGAAGAAGCUAACCUUGCUUUCCAAGAAUAUGAAGAUUCCUUGAAGAAAUUGGAUAAUUCUAAUGGCUUAGAAGAUCCAAAAGCUAAUGGCCGAAGAGUAUUUGGACCGGCCAAAGCUCAAAUAUCUGAUACCAGUGUUAAAGUAAAAUCAUAUAAUAGCUACGGUGGCAGUGAGGAUGACUUGGAAAUUGACAAAAGUGACAACAUAGAGAGUAUGGGAAGUCAUCUUUUGCAUAACAAGGAUUCGGUUGUAAUUGAAGAAGACAUGGAUACUCACAAGGAAUCUUUGUUGAAGACCAUUGAUGAUAUUAUUGAAAAUCCUGGGCCAAAAACUACAUCCGAAGUUUCCAUAUUUGUGUCAGAUCAGUGGAAAAAGGAUGCUGAAAAGGAAAUUGGAGAGGAUAGUGACACUGAUAGUGAAGGACAGAUGGUGGAUGGAAUUCUGUCUUCUGUUUCUAAAGCGUCUUAUGAACUUCCUUCUCAAGAGGAGCUCAUUCGGCAUGCUUUUGCAGGGGAUGAUGUAGAAGGAGAUUUUGAAAAGGACAAGCAGGAGAUCCUCGAGGAAGAAAAUCCUGAGCCAGAGAAGCCUUUGUUACUUCCUGGUUGGGGCCAAUGGACACAUAUAAAUGUACAGGAAAAGAAAGGUUUACCAUCUUGGAUACUGAAAAAACAUGAAGAUGCCCAUAAAAAAAGGGCAGAGGCACUCAAAAGGAGGAAGGAUGCUCAACUUAAAAAUGUGAUUAUAUCUGAAAAGAUAGAUAAGAAGGCGGAAAAACUGCAUACUAAAUCACUGCCUUUCCCGUUUACUUCCAAAGAGGUGUUUGAACAGAGCAUGCGUGUGCCCAUCGGACCUGAAUUUAAUCCAGCAACUGCAAUUGGUCCUCUUAACCGACCCGAAGUGGUGAAGAAACCUGGGCUUAUAAUAAAGCCAGUGGAGUUUGAAGACGUGAAUCCUCAUGAAACUUCAGAACAACGAAGUGGUGAUAAGCGAAAGUUUAAGAAAACUAGUGGCAAACCCGUGAAAAAGGCCAAAGUGGGAGGAAAAAAAUAAUAGACAGUAGUUUUGGUUCUGAUCCAAUUAUUUAAUAUUCCCAGUUUUGUGUUUCUUUUGGAGAAAGGGGAUAAACAUUUUUGCACUAUAGAAGAAAAAGGUUAAGAUAAAAAGAAAUUGAAAAGCUGGAGAAUUUAGUAGAGCUCCGGAAGCUUAUGGCAUGCAAAGGCUAAAAAUAGAACAAUUAGAAGAGUUAGUGUCGUAUUCUUGUGGGGUUGUUUCUCCUUAAAUAUCAUCAUUAGUGUAAUCUUACCUUUUCUGUUACACCCUUCAAAGUUAUCUCGCUUUUUUCUAAA